CUGCCCCGUUGCUAUGUGACCAGUGUCAACAAAAAGCGAGUGGAAUGGCAUCCAACUUUUCGGCAAACCAGUAUGAAAAUGCAUUCAGAUCACAUAAACUCCAAAACUGGACCAUACCCAAGCAAUUUAAAGAGAGGCCAACGGUUGCGGACGGUCACACAACGUUCAUUGCCACGGACCGGGGACAUCUUCUCCCAGGCGUGAAGCGCGGGACCCACUUGAGCACAUUCGUUGGCACAUGGGACCUGCCUCGUCAGCUGACUCCCAGCCACAUUAACCCCACGGCUCGCUCACUGGACGGCCAGGAACGGCUGAGGUGCUGGGACACAAACCAACGGUGCAACCGGAGAGCAAGCUUGAAGAACAGUGCCCAGGAGGCUCCAAAAUCACCAGAGAAUGCGGCAAAUGAUACCCUCACCAGCCCAACUGAGGGUCAGGAGAUCCCUGAGGCCUUGCCUCAACUCGAAGCCCCCCCUACCUCACCCAGGCCUGUGUCCCAGCCCAGAGCAGCAUCAGCAGACCACCAGGAGGAAGUCCAGCCAAAUGCCGCUGACAAGCUCAGCCCAGAAGUAAACUAAACUAAGGGAAACAAAUUUUUCAAUAUUUACAUUGCUAUGCACAGAUGUGUUACUAUUAACCAUUAAUAAUAGACAUUGCCGUGCUUGGUAGUGUUUGCUGUAUAGAAAACUCUGAUGGGUUUCUCUUUUUAUAAAAAAAGCUGUCACCAAUUUGCUAGCCAGAGAACCUGUUAGCAGACAAGCCAGCCAUUUGUGCUGGAGAAUUAUGUUGUAAAUAAAGUUGGGUGUUUUGGGUUUUCAGCAAUAAAACUCUGGCUGUGAUGCAAACUAC